AUGUAUGCAAUUGAUGAGAAUGAGAAUGAAAGUGGGAAGGUCGCCAUGCACUCACAUUGUGGUGGCGACGUUUUUUACUUUUACUUUCUUCAUUCCUCGUCACCUGCAUCUCUUCUGAAUCUGGAGGGAAGAUGGGAAAAAGAAUGGUACAGAGGGUGGGGAUAUUUGUUGAGCGAUGGACUGAAGACGGAAAAGAAUGUGAGCCCCGCCUCGGUGAUCCUCACUCGUGAGCUCGUUAUUGUGUCGCUUGGUUGCUCUCACUUGGCAGGCAUAAAAACUAGCUGGGAGAUGGUGGAGGAAGAGGAGGAGAACGAGAAGGAGGAGGAGGAGGGUCAUGUUGCUCAGCCAACAACGAAGAAGAAAGACUGUGGUGGUGGUGAUGGGGUUUCCUUCCUCUCACUUGCAAUUUCAGCUUUCCAAGGGUUGACAGUAGUCUUCUCUCUAUCGCAUCCGUCAUAUCUGUCAACGCCGCAACUGCGGCAAGGAAGCUUACAAAAUGUGAUUUGUCCUACACUGUUUGGGCAUUGCUAUUGCCCAUCUGAUUAUUCGCAUUACAUUACCGAUGAUCAACGAGUGGAAUCGCUAAUGCUUCUCUGCAAAAUUGUCACAUGGCCGGAAGCGUUGACGAUGAGAUGGAUUUUCGAAAGUUUUCUCGGCAGAUAUAGCAUACUGUUGCAAGAUAGAGCGUUUCAUAUCCGAAAAACAUGUGUAACGAUUCUGGGGAAAUUGGCGGUGAUGUUCGGUAGGAAUUUCACAGAACAGUUUGCGGUACCAUUUUUAAUAGUAUCAAGCAAAGAUCUAGCAUGGGGUGUGCGGAAAUCAUCAUGUGAGGUAUUUGUUGAUAUCGCAAACUGUUGCUCAAUGGAAACAAAAGAACGCAAGCUUGCACCACGUUUUAUUACCCUACUUCAUGAUACUUCACGUUGGGUUUCACAUGUGGCAUUCCAACAGCUUGGUCGAUUUAUUGCAACAUUUGCGGAUACAAGUCGUAUGGGCCUUGAAAUAAGAGAUGGCCGAUUGGUUGUUGCGAAUUCCGAUAUAGCGGAAGAUGAUAAAAGCGCGCAAAAUAACUGCGGAAGUAAUGGAAUGGUUAUAGAAGAUGACGAAAAUGAACUAUACAGUCAACUACCUCCAGGUGUUGUAUUUCCAGAAUCUGAUGUAGAAUCAGAAGAAUCUUCAGCUUCAUCACCUCAGGACCAAAGUUGUGUUUUAAAUGAAUUAACUUGUUUACUGGAUUCAUGGGAUUCUUGGGCCAUGUCAGAUGAUUCUAUCGUCUCAAGUAACUCGCUUGUUCUCAAUUCUAUGGAUAGUAUGGAUUUGGAUAUUGAAAAUGGUGUGGCGGCAUCAUGUUCAACACAUUCUGACUUAACAAAAUUGGUGCUUGGUGAUAAUGAUGACAGCAGUGGUGAAGAAGACGAGGACGUUGAAAACACUGAAGAAGAAUCGUGUCCGAUGGAUAUUGAGGACGACGAUAUAGAAAUUAGUUUUGAGGAACCAUCGCAAAUGAAUGAUAACGAUGACAUGAAUGCUUAUUGUCCUCUGAUAUAUUGGUCAGCGGGAUCUUUUGACAUUGAUUUAAAGUCAUAUGGGAAGAGUCCAGCUGUCAGUCACAACAAAAAUACUCAUGGAAAUGAUAAGAAUGAUGUAAAGAAACUUGUAGCUGAAUUUAUUCAACGACAUUCAAAUUUAUUUUACGAUGCAUCAAAAUUCAAUGUGAAUAAAUUGGGUGUAACUACGGAUGAAAUAACUAAAACUGUUACAGUUUUGUAUGAAACAAGUCCAUCAACCGGUUCUGUUGAGGGUGAUAAAAAUGAACAAACGACAUCUUCAGCUAUCAAUACUCGAACUCAAAUGGUAAUACCGCAGGAUCUGCUCGAUAGUUUCGUACAUAUGGUCUCACCUUGUAAUAAUGCAGAUGGUGAAAUAAAUCGACAAUGUGCCCAUAGUUUCCCUGCUGUUGCAUUCACUCUUGGUCGCAACAACUGGCCUUGUAUCAUGGGUACUUAUAAGCAGUUGGCAUCAGAUAUGCAAUGGCGUGUUCGACAUAUAUUGGCAUCGUCGAUUCACGAAAUCGCAGCAAUUAUUGGGGAGGAAAAUGCAGAUGCUCAUUUGGUACCAAUAUUUGAACGAUUUAUGGAAGAUGUGGAAGAUGUGAAACUUGGGUUGCUGAAUCAUCUGUACGAUUUUUUUAAACUAGUAACACCGGCUACAAGGCAAAAGUUAUUAUCGGUACUACCAAAUUUUUUACAUUCCGAUGCCGAUAAUGGACGUAAUUGGAGGUAUAGAUAUAAAUACGUAAGGCAAUGUAUUCUCCUGUGUGAUCUCUUUGCUAUGCAUGACAUUAAUGAAUAUUUGGCCGCCAUAGCUUUAACAUUAGCUAACGAUAGGAUAUCAGAUGUGCGAAAAGAAGCAACUGUACUACUGGCAAGAAUAUUAGGAAAGUUUAUCAGCGAAGAGUGGACUUCGGAUUACACUGAUCCUUGCAGAACUGACAUAUCGUUUAUUCCGAUCACUGAUUCAUUUAUCAGUGACAUUGUGAAAGGGUUUGCCCGAUCAAUGAAUUGGCGAAGGAGACAGACAUUUGCAUUGUUCUGUGAAAAAAUUCUGGAAGGUGAAGUAUUAAGCUACGAUCAGUUUUCAUCAUUGCUACUGAAUGAUUUGAUGAGGCUAGCCGGAGAUUCAGUAGCAAAUGUACGCUUGGCGUUCGUACGGUCUAUCUCAAAAAUGCGCGGUGGAUACGCUUUUGGUAGCUCAUUUGACUCAUCAAUCAUACAUCAUAGUGUCGAAAGGUUACUUACCGAUAAAGAUGUGGAUUGUAGACGCGCGGCUCGAAUUUCACUUAGAAUUCCGGAUACCGAAAAUAUAGUUGACGCAAAAGAUUACGCUGAACGACUUCGUGAAAUGAAAGAAGUUGUUUCAGCCAAAUAUCACUUGGAUAUUUACCGACUAUAA